AUGACUUCUUCACCGAAAGAUAUCGAUAAUAAGCGAUCAUUUAACCAACAAAAUAGUAUCGCCAUCGGUGCUGGUGGGAGUUAUAAUUCAAUUUCAAAUUCUGUUCCUAAUGUUGCUUCCAGGAGGUAUUCUACUCAAAGAUUAGGAUCUCCUGCACCUUUUGAUAAUUCUCCAAGAGCUCGUUCAUUUCAUUUAGGUGUUAAUAAUUCAAUCAAGACUGGAAUUUCCAUUAAUCAAGCAUCAUCAAGUAAUUUAAAGAAGACAGAUUCCCUGUAUUCUUCUUCAAAUUCAAGUCAAAAUAAUCAAGUACUGAUUGAUGCUGAUUCUCCUUCAUUUGCACCAGAUUUUAAAGAUCAAAAUGUAUUAAAAUCUACGGCAAAUUUAUAUUUUAAUGAUGGUAAUACAAUUUUACAUAAUGAAGGUGGUGAUAUAACAAGAGAAAUUAAACAUAAAGGUUCAUUCGGUGCUAAUUCUUUAAAAAGAACUAAAUCUUCAAGUGAUUUAAUGGAUAGUAGAAGAGGUUCCACUGCAAGUGCCCUAAAUGUUCCAGGUGGAUUUAGAAGAGAAUUUAUUGUUAAUAAAGCCCGUGAACGUGCAAUUUUAAAUGAUGAAGAAUUAAAAAAAGUUCCAUUUUUAACCAAGAAUUUCAUGGAAUUUUUAUAUAUUUAUGGUCAUUUCGCAGGGGAAUCAUUUGAUGAAGAUUUUGAAUUUGAUUUAGAUCAAGAUCAUUCUGGUGAUUCUGAAGCUGUUUCAUGGGAUGAAACAACACCUUUAGUCGCAUCAAAUCAACAAGGUCAAACUAUAAGGUAUGAAGCUAAGGGAACAACAUCUACUCUCAAGGCAUUUCUUAUAAUGUUGAAAUCAUUUGUUGGAACUGGUGUAUUAUUUUUACCAAAAGCUUUUAGUAAUGGUGGAUUAACUUUUAGUUCUAUCAUGUUGGCCAUUUUUGGUAUUUAUUCAUAUUAUUGUUAUUAUAUACUUGUUGUUUCUAAAAAUGCAACAAAAGUUUCAUCAUUUGGUGAUAUUGGUGGGAAAUUAUAUGGUGGAUGGAUGAAAAAUUUAAUUUUAAUUUCUUUAGUUCUUACACAAAUUGGAUUUGCUUGUGCUUAUAUUAUAUUUACAACUGGUAAUUUAACUGCUUUUUUCAAUAAUGUUACAAAUUUUAAUAUUCAACCUGAUAAAUUUUUCUUGCUACAAACUAUUGUUUUCAUUCCAUUAUCAUUUAUUAGAAAUGUUUCAAAAUUAUCAUUACCUUCAUUUAUGGCAAAUUUUUUCAUUAUGGCUGGAUUACUUAUUGUUUUAUUCUUUACAACAAAGGAAAUUAUAUAUAAUGGAGUUAAACCAGUGGAAACUUUUAUUAAUAAAUCAAAAUUUUCAUUAUUUAUUGGUACUGCAAUUUUUGCAUUUGAAGGUAUUGGACUUAUUAUUCCAGUUCAAGAUUCAAUGAGACAUCCAGAAAAAUUCCCAUUAGUUCUUGGAUUAGUUAUUAUUACAAUUACUAUAAUGAUGAUUACAAUUGCAGCUAUUGGUUAUUUAGCUUAUGGAGAAGAUAUUCAAACAGUUAUAUUAUUAAAUUUACCACAAAGUAAUUUCUUUGUUAAUUUAAUUCAAUUUUUUUAUUCAUUAGCAAUUUUAUUAUCAACUCCAUUACAAUUAUUUCCUGCAAUUGGUAUUAUUGAGAAAAGAAUUUUCCAAAAAUCAAAUUCUGGUAAAUUUAAUAAUAAGACAAAAUGGUUAAAAAAUUUUUUUAGAACUUUAUUUGUUGGUUUCUGUAUGAAUAUUGCUUGGUUUGGUGCAAAUGAUUUAGAUAAAUUUGUUUCAUUUGUUGGUUGUUUUGCUUGUAUCCCAUUAGUUUAUAUGUAUCCACCUUUAUUACAUUAUAAAAGUAGUACACAUGGUGAUUUUUGGGGGAAAGUUUUAGAUAUUGUAUUGGUUAUUAUUGGUGGUGCUGCAAUGUCUUAUACUUCAUAUCAAAUUAUUCAUGGUUAG